AUUAAGGCCCCGUAGAUCUGGCAUUUCGCGCAUGACGAGGUGCGCCGGAGGCUGCCGCUGACAACAUUUGCCUGCCGGACGCCGCGCUAUGCGCAGCGCACUCGGGACCUCAAGACAUUUCGCGCCGAUUCGUGUUUCAAAAAGUUAUGUGUGGUGUCUAUGACUGUUGAAUUUGUGUAACUGUGAGAUUUUCGAGUUGUGCAAAAUGCUGCUGAAUUUUAAGCUCAUAUUUGUUUGUAGCUGUCUUGCAAUCAUAAAAAGCACAGAAGCAGCAGCCAGCCAGCACAGCAGUGAAGCGUCAUCAUCGGCGGAGUCAUCGGAGUCGUCGACAGAGGUGUCAGUGGUGUCCGUCAGCUCGUCCUCGUCGUCUUCAGAGCUGCAGGAGGGGUCGGGAGACGAUCCUCCUGACCCGCUGCCUGCCGCUAACACCAAGAAUGAAACCAGAGAGGCCCUGAAGACCGAUGGCAGUGAACAAGAUCCUGUGGUGUUCCUGUCAGAGAAGAACAGCUACAUUCCUGUCAGCAUCAAGCCCCGGUCGCCGGCGCCCGAGGGCGCGUGGAAGGAGCCGCCGGCGUGGGAGAGAGAGUACCGGCGACACAGGACCAACAGCAGCAGAGUGCAAUAUAUCGAAGCAGAGUGCCAGGACGAUUUCAUGAAAAUUAGGGUAGGAUUCAACGGGUCCUUUGCUGGUCUUGUAUACUCAGCAGGAUACUCGUAUGACCCAGAUUGCAUGUACAUUAACGGAACAGGACGGGACUACUACGAGUUCUAUAUUCAGCUCAACCGCUGCGGGACGCUGGGCAGAAACAGCCAACACGAUGACAACAGGAAACAUCCCACUAAAAACCUAAUGUGGAACACGAUAACAGUGCAGUACAACUCUCUGAUCGAGGAGGAGCAGGACGAGCACUUCAAGGUCACCUGCGAGUACGGGUAUGACUUCUGGAAGACCGUCACCUUCCCCUUCCUCGAUGUUGAGGUGGCUACUGGUAACCCAGUGGUGUUCACACUACAGCCUCCGGAGUGCUACAUGGAGAUCCGGUCCGGAUACGGCGCGACCGGCGCGCGCGUGUCCGGCCCGGUCCGGGUGGGAGACCCCCUCACUUUACUCAUCUACAUGAGAAGCGCCUAUGACGGGUUCGACAUCGUGGUGAACGACUGCUUCGCACAUAACGGUGCCACCAAGCGGAUACAGCUCAUAGACGAAUACGGUUGUCCAGUGGACGACAAGCUGAUCUCUCGCUUCCGUGGCUCGUGGUCAGAGUCCGGCGUGUUCGAGACCCAAGUGUUCGCGUACAUGAAGACGUUCCGGUUCACCGGCUCGCCCGCGCUCUAUAUCGAGUGUGACGUUAGGAUGUGUCACGGCAGAUGUCCUUCCCAGCCAUGCCAUUGGCGCAACAUGAAGAGCGUCCGCAAACGUUCGAUAGAAGGCGACGCCGGCGCCGCGCCCGCCAGCGUCGCGCCGAGGCUUUCCGAAAACAUCUCACUUUUCCAGUCUUUGCGGGUGUUGCAGGAGGGGGAAGAAGACUCCGAACUAACUAGUAAUAAGGGUCCAUCAAUCGGUCAGACGUGCAUGAAGACGUCAGUGCUGUCAGCGCUAGCGGUGUCUGUGGGCGUGCUGGUGGCGGCGCUGAGCGCGGCGCUGGCGGCGGCGGCGCGCGGCUGGCGGCGCACGAGGGACGCGCCCCAUCACGCCUAUGUGCCACACAAGGGCCGGAUCAAGUAGUUAUAUCAUACAUUUCGUACUUUAAACGCGUUAUAUAAUGGGACUUGGCACAUUUAGACGCUUGCUUACUAACACCCCCAUUUUAUCUAUUUUUUAAUCCUAGACGACAGGUAUUAUAUGUUUAACGUGUCUGUGUAUCUGUGGCACCGUAACAGUCAAACGGUUUAACUGAUUUUGAUCUAUUUAUUUUAUUUGAUAGAGCAUUUUUUAUAGAAAUGUUGUUGAAUAGGGCUAAUUGGCAAAUAACUUCAGGCAUAUUUAUCUAUAGCAUAGUAGUUUGUGUGUCGGAUUUCAAAAUGAAUGGUGAAAAAAAUAAUAGUGCCAAGUCCUAUUUAAUAUAUGUCGUAAUUAUGGAAUCGAGUAGUUUUGUUUAAUUAUUGAAAAGGUCGGGGAAGCGUCUGAAUUUGAUAAACUUGUGCUUGGUAAAAAUGUUUCCUAUGACUUUUUUCUUGAUUCUAAUUCAGUCUGGUGUGCAUUUUUCGAAUAUGUCAACCCUACAAACUUGUUAAUUUUUACCGAAAUUUUCACACGGCUAUAACUAUGUUUACGUUUAGACGCUUAUUUAGUUUUACUUGUCAUCGGUACUUAGUAUCCCACCACCAAAAUUUGACACUCAAUGGAUUUAAUAAUUAACAUAGCAAAUUAAUUAGAUUUAAUUAUUUAGAGAUGCUUUAAUUUCAACAGAUUGAGAGGCGAUUCAUGUGUUAUUCUUGACUAAUUAUUUAUAAUAAACUUACGAAUUUACUAUAAUAAUGUUUUGAUCUUUUAUAUCGAAGAUUCAAAUACUGUUUGCAAAAAACGAUAAGUUUAGUUUUGAGUGUUUUUUGAUAUUUUUUAUUAGUUUAUGGACUAUUGAGAUUCUUAAUUAUAAUACUCGCGUGUUAAUUCCUACAGGGUUGAUAUAGGUAUAUUUUAAAUUAAUAUUUAGGCAUAAUUUGUAUUAGAAUUCACAAGAUAUUUAUUGCAAAAAUAGCUUCAAUCAAACAAUUUACAGAGUAAUUUAUAAUCACUGCACAUUAAUUUUACAAUAUGACGUACAUGGAAUAUUCCAAUUUUAAAAUAAAUAAUCAGCGAAAUAGGAACGAAAAAUGACGAUUUUCCAUACUAAGUUCGUUGUUCACCCAAUUUAUAUGCGAGGCCAAACAUUUUUUGUCAUAUUUUCACAUGGAUUUCUUCGGAUAUCGACUUAUUUUCAUCAUAAAAAUAUUACCAUAUAGAAGAAAUACACAAUGCCUUUUUAACUUUCGUUGGUAAAAAAACUGUUAUACUGUUUCUGAAAGAUUAAUGACUUAGAAAAGUUUAUUAUAAGAUCAAUGGACAAAUAGUGAGGACUCAUAUUUUCUGAGAAAAUAUGUCUCCUCCUUUUUGUCUGCUAAUAAAUUAAUACGUUUUAAGGAUUUAAUAACUACUCAAUAUUGUGAUACAACAAUUUAAAAUAGGGAUAAAUAUAUUUUAGAUUAAUAUUUAUUUAUGUCAACUUUAGAUAUAAUUUGUAAAUAUUGAUAAGGAACUUUUAGUAGGUAAUAGUUUUAUUUUAUAUAAAAAUAAGUAUAUAAG